AUGGGUCACGUACCCCCCGUAGACGCAGCCGAGUCCAAAGCAUUGCAGCGCUUCGCACAGCAGCAGCGACCGGGGCUGCUGGAUAUCCCCUCAAUCUGCCUCUUUCCUGUCGCGCAAAGGGGACUCGAGGCUGAUAUCACUGGAGUUCGAAACGAGGAGUUUGUAGCUGGCGCAAGCAAGAGCGAGGGGUAUUUCGUCGAGGCAGGCAGCGUCGCCGAGCUCUUCCAGCAUGGAUACGAGCCAUUUGGCGGCGACCAGAUCCGCCCUCACCACCUGGAACGCCUUCUAGAUCAUUGGCGCGGGCUACUUAACGAGGAUGUCUGGGGUGUAGGGCCGCAAGGGAUGGAGGGCUCUAUUUAG